AUGUAUCAUAGAUUGAACUAUAAUACCAACAAUGGGUUACAAGAAUCACCUAUCAUAGUGUCUAGCUCCAAACAAUCGCAUGAACAAGAGCAUGAACAACAACAGCCAUCAACCAAAAAAGUCUGGAGAUUGAAAAAGUAUCAUAGAUCUGAAGAUGAAAUAAAGACCCAACAAAAAGAUUAUGAAAACCUGGAGUUCAAUACAAAGAAGACUUCCUCAAGAAGGCCAAAAAACAAGAAUGGUCAACAAGAGUUUGUAUUCGUUGAUUUAUCACCAACUAAAAAGGGAUCUUCAACUCCAAAAGAAUCAACAGAUUCAACCACACAAAAGAAACAGGGAAGGGUAUCAAGAUUAUUUCGUCUAAACACUGCAAGCGAGACUGCUUUACCUAGAAUUCCAUCACCAAUUACAUCUUCAACCGGAUCAAACUCAAGACCUACUUUAAUGUCUUCACCAGAAUUACCAGACUUACCAGCUCAACCACAACCAAUCAACCAUCAAAGACAAAAAGUUGUUCAGCCGAUCCCACGUCUGGCCCCAAGCUCAUAUGCACCACCACCAAUUCAACCACCACAAUUGAAAAGAUCAUAUACAACAGCCAAUGCUGCUAGAUACCUUGAAAGAUCAACCUCUUCGGCUUCUUUGGUCAUGACUGUUUCAGAGAAUGGUCGUGCUGUUUUACAACCAUCUCAAGCUCCAUCAAAACCAACCAUUUCAAGAACAUUAUCUACAUCUUCCUCGGUUUCGGACAUGUACAGCUUAUCAAGAGCAAAUUCUGCUAGACAAUCACCAAUACCAUCACCUCCAAGAAGAACUAUUUCUCCAUUACAUGCCCAACAUUUGGAUACAUUUUCAGAUUAUGGUGGAUCUCAUCAUGAAGAUGAAGAAGAUCAUUUUGAUGAACCAGAUUACGAAUUCGGUGAAGCAGAAGCAGAUGCUACAAAAGCAUUUUCAAGAGUUAUCAAAAGACAAGCAUCAUUCAGAAAAAGAGCAAAUACAGCAUCAUCAAACAAUUCAAUUGUUUCAUCAUCAUCUCCAGUUGUUCCUCGUAUGCUGACUAGAAACCAAUCAAUUUCUUCAAUGAACUCAUCAUACAAAUCAAGAAUUUCACCAUCAAGAUCAAGUAUGAUGCUUCGUCAAUCUGCAUUGUUACAACAACCACCACAACCACACUUCACUCAACAACAACCAUUACCUUCACCUCAUGAUCAACCAAAUGAUUUCAAUUUUUCAUUCUUUGAUGAUCUUCAACCAUCAUUAGGAAACAAUAAAAGUCAUAGAAAGACCGCUUCUCUUACAGAAAGUGUUACUCAAUUAGGUCCACCAUUAGAAGUUAAUUCUUCCGAUAAUGAUCCAGAAAGUCCAUAUACUACAAAUACAGAUGUUAUGUACCCAUUUGAAUUUGGUAAUGCAGGACUUGAUCAUACGCAUCCAGAUAAUGAGAUUGAGCAACAUCACCAAGGAAAUACUAGUCAUUUUGAUGAAACAUUUAAAACCAUGACUAGUAAUGAUCAUACACUUGGUGCUGAUACACUCACUGGAUAUGAAGAUAACGGUCAAUCUUUCUUUGACUUUAAUGCAUUUAUAAAUUAUGAAGACCAGCAUUUUUAA